AUGGGAAAGGAAAAGACUCACAUCAACAUUGCCGUCAUUGGACACGUAGAUUCAGGCAAGUCUACUACUGGUGUGGUCAUCUACUGGUCAUCUGAUCUAAAAUGUGGUGGGAUUAACAAAAGAACUAUCAAAAAAUUUGAGAAGGAGGCUGCUGAGAUGGGAAAGGGCUCCUUCAAGUAUGCCUGGGUCUUGGAUAAACUGAAAGCUGAACGUGAAUGUGGUAUCACCAUUGAUAUCUCCCUUCGGAAAUUCGAGACCAGCAAGUAUUAUGUAACCAUCAUUGAUGCCCCAGGACACAGAGACUUUAUCAAAAACAUGAUUAUAGGCAUAUCUCAGGCUGACUGUGCUGUCGUGAUUGUUGCAGCUGGUGUUGGUGACUUUGAAGCCAGUAUCUCCAAGAAUGGGCAGACCCAUGAGCAUGCCCUUCUGGCUUACACACUGGGUGUAAAACAACUAAUUGUUGGUGUUAACAAAAUGGAUUCCACUGAGCCACUCCACAGCCAGAAGAGAUAUGAGGAAAUCGUUAAGGAAGUUAGCACCUACUUUAAGAAAAUUGGCUACAACCUUGACAUGGUAGCAUUUGUGCCAAUUUCUGGUUGGAAUGGUGACAACAGGCUGGAGCCAAGUGCUAACAUGCCUUGGUUCAAGAGAUGGAAAGUCACCUGUAAAGAUGGGAAUGCCAGUGGAAACAUACUGCUUGAAGCUCUGGAUUGCAUUCUGCCACCAACUCGUCCAACUGACAAGCCCUUGUGUCUGCCUCUCUAGGACGUAUACAAAAUUGGUGGUAUUGGUACUGUCCCUGUGGGCUGAGUGGAGACUGGUAUUCUUAAACCUGGCAUGGUGGUCACCUUUGCUCUCCAGUCAAUGUUACAACUGAAAUAAAGUCUGUUGAAAUGCACCAGGAAGCUUUGAGUGAGGCUCAUCCUGGGGACAAUGUGGGCUUUAAUGUCAAGAAUGUAUCUGUCAGGGUAUGUUCAUCGGGGCAAUGUGGCUGGUGAC